CUUACAUUGUCCGUUUCAUGCACUUUAGGGCAGUAUCCCUUCUGGUUGCAACUUGGUUUUGAGUAGAAACAGAAAGAAGCAAGUUGAACUCUUCGAGUCGCUCUUGCAACUCUUCAUGCUUCGAUGUUUCUGCCGAGCUUCGUGAAGAGCUGGCCAUGAGAUGGAGCUACAAAUUGGUGGUCUUUGUGGUGAUAUGCACGUUUGCGGAAGCUGACACAUGCGAUGAUGAUGAAACUUCUUUGCUGAAAGUCUCCCUCUUGCAGAAUUCUGUGAACAUCAGGAGUCAGAAUCAUCAACAGUAUGAAGACCAGAUGCCCAGGGCGCAUCACCUUGGCCAAGCAGGCCGGUUCUCAAACCUGCCGUUGUACGCCUGUUUGACAUUGUGUGCAGCAUCACUGCGAUGGUUCCUUGUGAGUGACAAAGGAGUUCCGGCGCCAGAGAUUUCAAUGAUCCUGAUAUUUGUUUUCUGGAUGUCUUGGUUUCAAUACUUCUCCGGAGACCCCUUCGAUGCUUUUGUUGAGAGCAUGACUCAGUGCCCAUGGCCACUGCCACAGAAUGGCCAUUGUCCCAGCGGGUCCAGCCUCCAAGGAAAUGUGUGCGUCCCGCAAGAACGGUCUCACCCUGAUUGGUCCCUCUCCGUCCAUUGCGCCCAAAAGAGUGUGGUGCUAAGCCAAGCUGCACGCAUCAAUGGCAUCAAUGCAUCAACUUCGAGCGGCAUUAGCAUGCUCACGGUACUGAUCGCUGGUGUUUACAUGGACAGGAUUGGCCGAAAGCCUAUUAUCCGCUUCUUUCUUCUUGUGAGUAUUGUAGUGAAGCUGCUGUUGACUCUCUCAUGUUUCUUGAGCUGGUCUGCCUUUGUUGUCAUCAUUAUCGUGCAGAACGUCUUUGAGGUCAUGAGUGCCGCUCCAAUGUAUCCGGCAUUGAAUUGCAUGAUUUCAGACCUCACUCGCGAAGAUGAGCAGAAGCGAGGAGAUUGCUUCUCAGCGCUGGAGAUGUCAAAGAAUCUUGCAAGUCUUUUGGCUCUUGUGAGCGGCUAUCCAGUUCUAAGAGCGCAUUUAACUAGCUACUUCCCGUUUUGGGCGUCCUUGGCUGUGAUGAGUACACUCGCCACAGCGUUCUUCUGGAACCUUCCAGAGACACUGGUGACAGAGAGUCCAAAGAGUUCCAUUUGGAAGUCAUUGAUUGACGGACUUCACUGGGUUCUGUUCAAAGAUCUCUUCUUGGGACAGUACCUCAUCAUUUGGGCGACUGUCACCUUGGCCGUGAAUGGCGCCUGGGGACUAUCGACCAUGUAUCUCCAGUCAUUCAUAGGUAUGGAGCAAGCAGAUGCCUCUCUUUGCAGAGCGUUCUGGUUUCUGGCCUUGCUUUCUGGCUCUGCCUUGAGCGCGCCAUUGAUGAGAGGAGGUGGCUUGUAUGUCGUGCAUGCGACCGCACUUUUGACCAUGUCUCUUUCAUGGGCGCUUUGUGGGCUUGGUGGUGUUUUUCCACAUUGGGCGGCACCGCUUUUCUGGGCCUUUGGAGUCGGCAGCUUUGGAGUUGCCUUCGGGGUCCUCUCGCCCUGCUUCGGCGCCUUGAUUUCAAGCCGUGCUCCCAAAGAGCUCCAGGGGCAGAUCUUUGGACUUUCCAUCGUGGUUGGCACACUCUUGGGGAUGCCGUUGGGGCCUUUGUGGAGCCAGGUCUUGUUUGAUCCAUCUGCCCAAAACUGGAGAGCAACUUUGCCUUGGUUCGUCUCUGCAGGAUUGCUGUCCUUCACAGCAGUUUGGUUUUCUGUCAUCUCCUGGCGCCGCUCCACAGACUAAGUCGACUUUCGGUCUGAGCGACCGGCAUGUUUCAUUUGCGCAGAAAAGUGCGAAUGUGAAG